AAGAACCAAUUUCCUGAAACAAAUUCAGAGCCUCACUUUUCCUCCUUAUCCCAUCACCUUGUCUCUCACCCAUUCUGAGAUCAGAUUAUAUGUUCCCUUUGGUGGGUCUCCAUGCCUCAUUAGUCUACAAGCAUAUUCAGUGUCUCUCUUUGUCUCUCUCUCUCACGGACUGCAAAUGUCUGCAAUCUAACGCCAAAAGGGACCCAAAAAAGUUUGAAAAUGAGAAAAGAUUCAUCAACUGGUUUUGCUGUGUAUUCAGUGCGAAGUUAGAGACCCACUCAAACUCGGUGACAAGUUGACAGAGCCAUACCCAUAUGGGAGAAUCAGGCAAAGAGAAGGCUUUUUUAAGAACAACUAACAAAAAUGAAGAAGCAACUGCCACUACUGCAAAUGGACGGGUUCAAGCAUUACCCAUCAAGGGAAAUCAUCCAGAUGAUAAGAACCAAUUGCGUCUAAUUUCAAAGCCUAAUGGCUCAAUGAGGCAAUCCCAUUGUUCUAUCUGCAUGGCCAAAGAGAAUUGUCGAAUUGUGCGUUCGAGAACUAGGCUAAUGAACAUUUUGAUAGAGAGAGGGAGACCUCAAGAAGCCCAGUCCCUUUUUAAUGGUUUAAUUGAAGGAGGACACAGGCCUUCACUGGUAUCAUACACAACCCUCCUAGCUGCCUUGACCAUCCAGAAGCGCUUUGAGUCCAUUCCUUAUGUUAUAUCACAGGUGGAAGAGAAUGGAAUGAAUCCUGAUUUAAUAUUUUUCAAUGCUGUUAUAAAUGCUUUUUCGGAAUCUGGGAAUGUAGAGAAAGCCAUGGAAACCUUAAGGAAGAUGAAGGAGAGUGGAUUAAAACCCACUACCAGCACUUAUAACACAUUGAUCAAAGGGUAUGGGAUUUCUGGUAAGCCUGAAGAUUCUUUGCAACUGCUUGAGAUGAUGUCCCAAGAGGAAAAUGUAAAACCAAAUACAAGGACUUUUAAUGUUCUAGUCAGAGCAUGGUGUAAGAAGAAAAACAUUACAGAGGCAUGGAAUGUGGUGCAUAAGAUGGUAACUUCUGGAAUGCGACCUGAUGCCGUUACCUACAACACAUUAGCAACAGCAUAUGCUCAAAAUGGAGAAACAAGUAAGGCAGAAGGAAUGAUUCUAGAGAUGCAGAACAACAAAGUGCAACCCAAUGAACGAACUUGUGGCAUUAUCAUAAGUGGGUAUUGUAAGGAAGGUAAACUGAAGGAGGCCUUAAGGUUUAUGAAAAGGAUAAAAGAUCUUGGGCUGCAUCCAAACAUCGUUGUCUUUAACUCACUGGUUAAAGGUUUUGUUGAUACCAUGGAUAGAGAUGGGGUCGAUCAGGUGCUGAAGUUGAUGGAAGAAUUUGGGGUCAAACCAGAUGUGAUAACAUUUAGCACCAUCAUGAAUGCAUGGAGCACAGCCGGAUUCAUGGAGAAGUGUAGGCAAAUCUUUGAUGAUAUGGUGAAGGCUGGCAUAAAACCUGACGCGCAUGCAUACAGCAUUCUUGCCAAAGGUUAUGUGCGUGCUCAAGAAGUGGAGAAAGCCGAAGAACUAUUAGCAGCCAUGAUGAAAUCGGGAGUUCGUCCAAAUGUUGUGAUUUUCACAACCAUCAUGAGUGGAUGGUGCAGUUCUGGCAGAAUGGAGCAUGCAAUUAAAGUUUUUGAUAAGAUGUGUGAACAUGGAAUUUCUCCCAAUUUGAAGACAUUUGAGACCCUAAUAUGGGGAUUUGGAGAAACAAAGCUGCCAUGGAAAGCUGAAGAAAUACUCCAGAUUAUGAAAGAGUUUGGUGUUCAGCCAGAAAAAUCUACUAUCUCGCUUGUUGCUGAUGCUUGGCGUGCGAUUGGAUUAACAAAGGAGGCAAAUAGGAUGCUGGGUGCUAUGAGAAGUAAAGAGAAGACCCAUCAGGUUGAAACUGAAGAGGUACCAUUUGAGAGCUUAGAGAAAAUUUAUCAUAAGAAAUCUGCAAGUGCCUUUCAUCCCAAUCUGUUACAGAUACCAUCAGUAGUUACAAGUGAUCAAAAAGGAUCAGCAGCUUCAGCAACUAGAAAAGGAAGAAUGGUGCUAAGAGAUGGUGAUUUUUCAUUAGAUGUCUCAUCGCUUGCUGCAAAAUCUAUGCAUCUGUCUCAGACGUGUAAAUUUGGGGAAAGAUUGCCAAUUAUAUGCCGGAAGCAAUCUCAAGGGCAGCUUGGUGUGUAUGGUCAGUUUGCACAGCAAUGUACAGUUGUGUUCUUGAACUGAAGGAACAAUUCUCAUUUAGAUGUGACACAGAAUCAUAUAAUCCUCCCAGAAGCAAUUUCAGCAUAUAAAAUGUUGUAGAUAGUGAAGGGAACCUUUGUUCUUUCAUGAAGCAUUUUUUGCUUGUUUUUGAGCAUGCUGAUUACUUGUUGUAAAUCAAAAUCAAAUGAUACUUUCCUACAUUAAUCAUGAAUAUAGUUGUUGACAUUCAAGGA